AAAAAAUCCCCCAAUGGAGGAAGAAGAUCUCCAACAAUUGCUCCUCACCCUUCCCGCUGAGAAAAACUUUGAAGGCACGAAAUCUCUCUAUCUAUACAAAGGGACCUGGGUUCCAGUUUCUUUGUUAAGAGCUGUGGAUUCCUUUCAACGCCACUUCAUUGCUCAAGACACCGAUAUAAUAGUAGCUAGCAUGCCGAAAUCCGGCACUACUUGGCUGAAAGCCCUUACUUUUUCAGUUGCAAAACGCCACAUCUAUGGCCCCAAAGAAAGUCCUUUACUCACUGCCUCGCCUCAUGCAUUGGUACCUUGUUUCGAGGUUGACCUUUACAUGAAAGACCCGCAGCCAAAUCUUGAUCGAGCUCCUCCUCCCAGAAUUUUCAGUUCUCACUCCCAUUUUACAAAUUUGCCAGAAUCCAUUAGAAAUUCCAAGUGUAAAGUUGUGUACAUAUGCAGAAAUCCAUUGGACCAAGUUGUCUCUUACUUUCAGCUUGUACACAAGUUCAAACUACACGGCACUCCUUUAUUAUCACUAGAUGAAUGUUUUGAGAAAAUUUGUCGUGGAGUCCAUGUUCUGGGCCCUUUUUGGGAUACCGUGCUGGGGUACUGGAAAGCAAGCUUAGAGAGACCAGACAAGGUGUUGUUCUUAAAAUAUGAAGACUUGAAGGAGGAUAUAAUCUCUAACUUGAAGAAAAUCGCUGAGUUCUUGGGAAUUCCUUUCACCGAAGAAGAAGAAAAGGAAGGGGCUAUUGAAGAAAUAUCAAGGUUGUGCAGCUUCGACAACCUCAGGAAUUUGGAAGUGAACAAAAAUGGUGUUCUUCCUUCUGGGGCUCCGAACAGUUCCUUCUUCAGGAAAGGAAAGGUGGGUGAUUGGGCAAAUUAUCUGAGUCCUUCCAUGGCUGAGAAUUACUUGAAGAUCGUGGAAGAGAAGUUGAGUGGAUCUGGUUUAACCUUCAGAACAUCUCAAUAAAGUGCAAAUCUAUGGGAUGCGUUCUCCUUAAUUCCCUAGUGUUUUUGUGAGCGUGGAUAUCUAUUAUUGUUCAGUGAACCCUCGUUGUUUUCUUAACUAAAAAUUAAGAUCUUGGAUCUCAA